AAUCUUUUAAAAAUAAAAUUCAAUUAAGUUUUCUCAUAAAAAUAUUAAAUUUAUAAAUUAAAAGCAUUUCUACUUCCAAAAGAAAAAUAGUUGAAAAAAACUUAACACAUUAUCUCUUAUAAUUUCUCUAAAAUCGAAAUGGAAUUCAAUCUAGGUAGCCUUGAAGAGUUUGAGCAAUUCACUUAUGAAAUGAAGGAGCAAUAUAAAAAACUACAAAUCAUUUUUAAGGAGUUUGGAAACAAAUUAUAAGAUGCCUGUAAAGACAAAUAAAGCUAACACAUUAUGAAUAUAUUCAAGGAAAACAUCAAGUCUAGUGUGUAAGAGUUUUCGGAUAUGGUUGUUGAUGUCAGUUCUUUGUUUUAGAACCAAUAUACUAAAAUGAAAGAAAAAGAAGUUUAUUUGUAUAAGCAAAGAAAAGAGUAUAUGAAAGUGUACAAAAAUAAGUAGAACCUAGUGAAAAUAGCAAAUGAUCAAUACAAGGUGUCUUUGAAGGAGAUUAAAAAAACUAAUAAGAAUCCAAAAGGUAAUUAGAAACAAGGAGGAGAAUCUUAUCUUUCAGAAGCUAUAUUCUAUGAUAAGCAAAGAAAAAUCUUAGAAAAGAAUCUUAAACAGAUACAAAAUGCUUAAGAUGAGCUAGAUGAUCAUGCAGCGGAGCAAGCAAAAGCUAUCUUUGAAGAAUUUAAAGAGAGUAUUGAGUUUAUGUAAUUCAAUCAGAAAGAGCUUUUUAAAAGCAUAAAUAAACAUUUUUCAGGAUUGCACAAUUUUGUUAAAAAUGAAAUUCUAAGCAAUCUAGAGCAGCAAUCUAAGCAAGCUGUGUAGAGCUAUGAAAAUACAUUGGUGUUUAGAUUUAACUUUAAUAAAAAGUAAAGACAACAAGAAAAUGACGAACAGAUUGAAAAAGAAAAAAGAAGAAGAAAAUCUGCUAAUUUCCUUUACUAAAACAGCAAUGAGGAAGGUAGUGAAGACUAAAGUCCUUUCAUAAAUAGAGCUAGAAGCUUUAUAAAUUUAUCAAAUAUAAGUCAAAAACCUGCUUUUAAUUCUUAAAAAAAAUAAAUUUCUUCAUUUUAAAGCUUUUAAGACUACAGUCAUUCAAAGAUUGCUAACAAACGCUAAUCAAAUAUGCAAUCAGAUAUAAAAUUAGCAGAUAUCUAUCAAGCAGAAUCUUAAUUAAAAUCUAAAAAAUCAAAGCUUGCUUCUUAUUCACCUCAGCCCUCAAAUAAAGAAAAGCACGAAAAAAGGUAUUUUAAACAAUAGGAUGAAUGUGAAGAUAACGACGAAGAUGAUGAUUUUAAUGCAAGCAAUAAUUAAUUAAAUUAAAAUUUCUAUUUGACAGAAAAUGAGAUUUCUAAUAACUCCAAAUUCUCUGAAAAUUCUAAAUAAGUGAGGAUGUUCAAUUCAACCUACAGUCCUUUAACUACUUCUAAGAUGAGAUAAGCUCAGCAGUAAAUUUUCUUCUAUCAAAGACAGAACUAAAAAUAGAGGAGGCAUAGCUAGAUCCAUGAUGCUAAUUAAGAGGAACAUUAAAAUUUUUAAUAAUUUAAAUAAUCAGGUCAGUAAAUUGAACAAAUUUAGGCUUUACCAAAUAGUUAGCUUAAGAAUUGCUAUUCAAGUAUUUAAGAUGAAAAUGAAAAUGAAUUUUAGGGAUAAAAUAUUCAAAAAAUUGCUUAAAGCUAUAAAAGCCACAAAAAUACCCCAGUUAAAUACAAUUUAGAUUCUGACUAAAUUAACAAUUUAAUGUACUAUAGUCAACAACAAAAAGUGAAGUAGUUCAAUUAGACUCCAAAUAAAUACAUUAAUAAUAAAUACAAUUGA